AUGCUACUUGCACCUGGGUCAUGGCUAUUACUAUACUUCGAGUUAAAUGUCCAGUACGAUUUCCAGGUCCCCCCUGACGUAAAGAAGGAACACAUCGAAUACAUCCAAGCAAAAUACGCGCUAGGUGACUCCCAACUUGAGAAGUCAGUUUUCAAAGUCGUCGCUGGCAUCCUUCUAGUAAAAGACCCGCCAGGGAAAGGUAAAACACGGCCAACAUUGGUCAUGCUCCGUAUCCUCGCAAGCCUGGAUAUCAAAGUCUUGGUCUGUGCCGGGUCCAACCAAGCUGUUGACACUCUUUUGCUCGCCUUCCACAAGGCUUUGAAAGGAGAUAAGAAGCUCAAGAAUUGGUGCGGAGACUACUACCGCUUCAGAACUGCCGGAUAUCAGAUGACCUCUCUGCGCCGUAUUAGCAAGGUGCAAUCAAAGCAGGACCACAACAAGGUCAAACCUUCGGCUAAUGAAGCCUUGACAGAUUGCGGCCUGAUAGAAGACCAGACGACCGAACUGAAGCGCUGCUAUGAGAAUAUCCUGAUCAGAGUGGUCGCUCAGAGCAGGGUAAUCACUGUCACGCCUAACACUUCCGGCGACGAGAACCUCAAUGCUUACUUCAAUCCAUACGCGUUACUAUGUGAUGAGACUGAUCAGUGCCUUGAAGGCGAGCACCUCUGCUUUACAAACUUCAUUCUUCUAAAAUUCUUCCUUCUUCAAUAUCUCUCCAGGGCUUGA